AUGGUGGACUAUGCCCCCAUGGAUCCCUACAAGAGAUCCAGGUAUGAGCAAGGGAUUGAUGCCAAAAUAUUUCUUACUCUUUCUGUCCAUCUUCCCACUAUAAUCUUAUCGCCAGGUGUUGGCAAGACCAGCCUCCUCCAUCGUUAUACCCAGAACAAGUUCGAUCCACGAAACACUACCUCGACCACUGGCGCUUUCUUUGUCACGAAGAAGGUCUAUGUCAAUGGCCUGAAGGUUCGCUUGCAACUCUGGGACACUGCUGGUCAGGAGAGGUUUCGUAGUAUGGCUCCCAUGUAUUACAGGGGUGCUAACGCAGCCUUGUUGUUGUACGAUAUCACGAAUGCAGCCACCUUUGAAGAUGUUCGAGGAUGGCUCGAAGAAUUAAAGAAGAAUUGCUCAGCUGAGCUCAUAAUAUACAUUGUUGGUUCAAAGGCGGACCUUCAACAGAACCGACAAGUCACUUCUGACCUUGCUCGCCUCUCACUCCACACUUGGUUUCCACCCCCAAAGCCGCCAACACCUCCACCACAGCCCACUCCACCACCUUCUACACUAUCCUACAUCCGACCUCGUUUCACAUCAUUUACGAGUAGCAAGUCGGCCCCUCUUAGUAAUGCUCCAAAUAACUCAUCUCCACCUAAAUCUGCGGCACAACCUGAUCAGACUAUCACACGGUCAACGGCCCUUCAGCGCAGUAACACUGGAGCAGCUGUCCCUCGGUGGAAGCCUCCAGCUGGCCCAAACCUAACACGUUCGAAGACGACUACGGAUGGGACACGGUCGGGACCUACACGAUACGCCCCUCAGGCAAAUGGCUGGCCUGAGACUAUCGAGACCAGCAGCAACAGCGUUAACGAGGAAGACUUCGCGGAGGAGGAUGACCAGGAGUGGGGUCUUCACAAAGGAAUGGAGCUGUUUGAAGUCUCUGCGAAGGACGACAUGGGUAUCCAUAACCUGUUCGACUCGCUGAUAACAGCUAUCAUCGAACGCAAAGACGUGAUAGAACGAGAGAAUGAACUCAAGAAGCGCGACAGCGUGUUUCUUUCCAGUGUGAGCAACCCAACAUGGGCUGCUCAAGCAGCUGAAGAGGAAGCCAGAGAAAAGGCUCGAGCAUCCUCCAACGGGUGGAGCUGCUGUUCCUCAUAG